AACACAAAUUUUUAAUUCAAUAACCUAAAGCUUGCUUCAGUGCUCUUUUUUGUAUUAACACUAUCUUUAUCGAUUAUUAAUUUUUCAAUUCUUGCAUCAUCUAUGUCCCCGAAGCGAUUCAUUUUUGUUUCGAUUUCUUUGUUUUGAUGUUUUUGUAAAAAGAAUUUUCUCGACAAAAAAGUUCCCGCCAUUUCACGUGUUUGGAAAUCGACCAAUCAGAAAACGGACCACUAAGAAACAACCAAUCACAGUUAAUUACGAUAAAAAUUAAUGAGGCGGAAAGGAUAAAAUCAAAACAUGCGUUUACAAAUGUUUUGUCAAAACUAUUGUUACGUCACAAGCAUUGAAUAAUACGGGUGGAAUACGAUUAUUUAUUCAAUGGCUGUUUUUGCUUACGGGUAUAUAAUAAUGAUACUUAUUUAUGGCUGAAGACUUACACAAUAAUUUUAGAGAUAUUUCAAGAGAUGUUCUAAAAGUGUUAUAAUCGUUAGAAAACAAUAGGUGGUGGUAACAAAGUUAAUUAAAAGACCGUGUAAUUACUUAUUAAUGAUUUUACACAAAAGCCACUGUAAUUGGCUUGCUUAAUAAUAUCUCUAUAAUUGCUUCUAAUCGUAAGAAUAUAAAACAAUGUGCUAAAAUCUCAUGUAAAUAAUAAACAUGAAAGGUACAUAGAACAUAUUCUAAAAGCAACAAAUGAAAUGACUACAACGAGCGAAGAACUAACCUUGGGAGAAGUUAUUGAUUAUUUUGGAUAUGGAAGCUUUUCGUUUAAACUUACCUGCAUAUUGGGACUGCUCUGGUUUCUUGAUGGAAUAGAUCUGACUUUAAUAACAUUAAUCGCUCCUGAGUUAAAAUGCAAGUGGAAUUUGACCUCCUUUCAGACUGCUCUAACGUCAACUGGUGUAUUUAUUGGCUUAGCUGUUGGUUCAAUAUUUUGGGGUAAAUUUGCAGAUAAAUUCGGUCGAAGGAUUUUCUCACUUCUUGGGGUAGCUUUUAUGUUGUAUUUUGGCUUGCUUACGACAGUGGCCACGAAUGUUGGAUGGUUUCUGUUAAUGCGUUUCUUUGUUGGUCUUGGACUAUGUAGCAUUAUACUUUCACCCACCUAUGUUAGUGAGUUGAUAAGCUCGAAAUAUCAAGGAAGAGUUACGUUUGCUUUAGCAUCAUUCUUUACAUUGGGUAAUUUCUAUGCUGCGUCCCUCGCAUAUUUAGUUAUGAACAGAUUCGGAUGGAGGGUGUUUGUUUUCCUUGCUACAACACCAAUCGGGUUAACAUUCGGUUUGCUACUUUGGUUGCCCGAAUCAGUGCGUUACUUGGAAACCAUUGGGUCUAUUGAUGCAAUUAUGAAAAUCUUGAAUUCGAUAUCCGUGGAACACAAAAUGCCUAUACCAAAAAAUAUAAAAUUUUCAAAACGCAUUGCAGAAAGGGGGAAUGUGUCUAAACUCUUCACUAAGAAGUUCAGAAUAAAGACUCUACUUUUAAUGGUGCUUUGGGUUUGUGUUAUGGUAACGUAUUUUGUUGUUUUGUUCUUGAACACACAGUUAGAACAAAUGUCAGGACAUGCCACUGUAGCAAAUGAAAGCACAUGUCAUACACUAACAAAUAGUGAUUAUCUACAAAACAUGUUUGUUGUACUCGGUGAAAUCCCUGGCUUGAUGGUAUACGUAUUUAUCGUGGAUAAGUUUUCUCGCCAAAAAGUUUUUUUAUCAGCUUUUACAGUGAUCAUUACAUCCUUGUUAACAUUAUGGAUGUAUGGUACUUUAUUUUACGUGAGAACGUUCGUUAUGUUUAUCCUGAGAGGAACAACAACAUCUGCUCUUCAAUUAGUUUGGCUAUACACUGCCGAGAACUGUCCAACUAGCUUAAGGGCUACGUUGUUGGGACUAUGCUGUGGAACAGCACGCUGGUCAUUGAUAUUUAUUCCAUUUUUUGUGCAAUAUUUGAUACGGGUUUCGUUUACAGCGACUAUAUUUAUUUUUGUGGGAAUUUGCAUAUUAGGUGGUGUUGUAGUUGUUAUCAGAGAAAGAUGCAAGUAAAAAAAUAAAUUGUGUUAUAAGAA